AUGAAGUACCACGCUGCUCAGGCUCUGUCUCUUGCUAGCAUAGCUAGCGCAUUCCCUCAUCCUCAACUCCCUACUUUCACGUUGCCCAAUGGAGGUCUAGUAGGUGACUCAGGAUCUGGCUCCAGCUCCAGUUCUAGCUUUGGCUCAGGUUCCGGCCUAGGCUCAGGUCUUGGAAGCGGACUUGGUGGAGGUUUCAGUCUGCCUACAAACCUCCCCGGUCUCGGGGGAGGUUUCAGUCUUCCAACAAGUCUCCCCGGUCUUGGUGGACUAGGUGGUGGCAGCAGUUCCGGCGGCUCCUCAUUGAGCGGCCUACUCAGCGGCCUGUUCGGAGGUCUUGGAGGGGGUCUCAGUGGAGGAGGUCUGGGAGGAGGUCUAGGAGGAGGAUCCAGCACCACAACCGCCGACGCCAUCUCGCCCAUCGCCACUCCCACAAAGACCAUUGCUCCCAUCUCCGCUCCCAUUGCCACCGGCGGGGCCGGCGCUGGAACAAACAGCACAACCCCCACAACCCCAGCCCCAGUCACCAACCCAAACUGCAAGCCCCAAUCCGGCACCGCCUCCCCCUUCGGCGGCAGCGAAAACGGCGUCAAAGAAAACGCCUGCUGUACCGACAUGACCGUCAUCUUCGCACGCGGCACCGGCGAAAUGGGCAACGUAGGCACCGUCUCCGGACCCCCCAUGUUCAAAGCCAUCCGCGUCAAACUCGGCAACGACCGUGUCACCGUUCAAGGCGUAGACUACGCCGCUUCCGCCGCUGGAAACAUCAACCUUGGUGUUGGCUAA